UUUUCUUUUCUACCCCACCGCUUAUAUACUGUGCUUAGACACCCACCACUAUUUAUUAUUUUAUUAAUCUAUUAAUUUAUAUGAUACUUUUCCUCAAAGGCCAACGACUAAUCUAGAAUUCGAAUGUACAAAUUAUUAUUUUUAUUUUCAAAAUGGGAUCUUAUUAAUGAUUGGUUGAUUAAGAUUCUCACUGUUGAUUAAUUUGUUUAUGGCUUGUGUAAGCAUACGUGUAUGAAUAUAAUCUUGAUAUUGUAAAAUUAUUUUUCUUUAGAAUCCAAAUAAACAUUUUUUUUAAUCAGGAAGUUAUAAAUAAAUUCAUUUUGACCAGAAAAAUAUUUAUCAGAAAAUUCUCAUACAGACAAAUUGGUAGAACGUAAGAGUUUCUUAAAACCAUAAACCUCAAAGUCUUGAGGAGACAAAUCAAGUCUCCGACAGCGAUCCACAAGCGAAACAACAAAAUCAAAGAAACGAAAGGAUAAGUUUCGUUUUCUCAAGAUUUGAAUCUUUGGUUUUUUGGAUGAAGAUACAGUGCAACGUCUGCGAGGCGGCGGAAGCGGCGGUGCUAUGUUGCGCCGAUGAAGCUGCGUUGUGUUGGGCUUGCGAUGAGAAAAUUCACGCCGCUAAUAAACUCGCUGAAAAACACCAGAGAGUCCCUCUCUCUGUCUCUUCCUCUUCCAUACCCAAAUGCGACAUUUGUCAGGAAGCUUCUGGAUUCUUCUUUUGUCUGCAAGACAGAGCUUUACUAUGUCGGAAAUGCGAUGUGGCAAUCCACACUGUGAACCCUCAUGUCUCAGCUCACCAGAGGUUUCUUCUGACUGGGAUCAGGGUUGGUCUUGAAGCUAUAGACACAGGUCCUUCUACAAAAUCAUCAUCACCAGCAUCUAAUGAUGAUAAAGCCAUGGAGACCAAACAGUUUACAUUAACUACAUCUGAGCCUCAGAAGAUGGACUUUGAUCAUCAUCAGGUGGGUUUACCUGAAACUAAAGUCAGUGAUCAUGUUUCCACAAAGCUUCCUAUUGCAAGCAGUGGAUCAGCUACUGGUCAGUGGCAAUUAGAGGAGAUUUUCGGAUUAACUGACUUUGAUCAGAGCUAUGAAUACAUGGAGAAUAACGGUUCAUCAUCUAAGGCUGAUACUAGUAGACGAGGAGAUUCAGACAGUUCUUCCGUGAUGAGAUCUGGAGAAGAAGAUGGAGAAGAUAACAACAACUGCUUGGGAGGUGAGACAUCAUGGGCAGUUCCACAGAUCCAUUCUCCACCAACAGCUUCUGGUCUAAACUGGCCUAAACAUUUUGACCAUCAGUCAGUGUUUGUUCCGGACAUAUCUUCUUCAACUCCGUACACCGGCUCAUCUCCUAACCAGAGGGUUGGGAAGCGGCGGAGGAGACGGUUCUAAAAACUGCAACGACCAUCGGCUGGUCUGAUAAUAGAUGUGAACUAUUGUACUGUAGGUGUUGGUAUGUGACUUGAAGUUGAGUGUUCAUAUUUGGAACAAAUAUAUUAUAUUUGGUGAAAGAUUUGUAUUGAGAUUACAAUAAUAUGUACAUGACAUCAGUCUUGUAAUCAUCAAGUAGCUCAUUUUGCUAGCUAAA